CAGCUCUGUAAUGUUUUCCGAACGCAUGACAUGGAAAUUGAUCCGUGUUUACUGGAAUCGCUCCCUUCAGGACAGCAGCAGUUGGUGAAACGCAUUCGAUGUGACCAAGUAAAGGCAUACUAUGAGCGGGAAAAACUCCAACAACAAACUGGAUGUAAACACAAACAUGCAAAGAAGAGGAGUGUCCACUUUAGUUCUACAGACAUGAUACAGGAAGCUAUUAUACGGCAUGAUGAUAAGGAAGUUUUGAAGCUGUUAAAGGAUGGUGCUGACCCGAACACGUUGAUCUCCUCAGGUGGUUCACUGCUGCACCUGUGUGCUCGAUACGGCAACAUGUUUGCUGCAGAGAUUCUGAUUGAAAAGGGAGUAAAUGUCAAUCACCAGGAUGAAGACUUGUGGACCUCACUGCAUGUGGCAUGUGCUUGUGAUAAUCCUGAUAUUGUUCUGCUUCUCAUGUUGGCUGGAGCUAAUGUUUUACUCCAAGAUGUUAAUGGACAUAUUUCAUUGGAUUAUGCUAUAGAAGGCACAGAAACAAGUUUCAUCCUACUUCGACAUCUGGAAGAUAAUGGUAUUGAUAUAAACUCCCUACAGCAGAUAAAGACAGCACGUCCUUCAAAAAUGUUGGCAGAUGUUCGGAAUCUCGUGGCCUGUGGUGGAAAUGUCAAUGAAAAGAAUGACGAAGGAGUCACACUGCUACACAUGGCAUGUGCUAGUGGCUAUAUGGAUGUCUCUGCCGUACUUCUGGAGAACAGAGCUGACCCUGAUGUCUAUGAUAAUUGCUUCUGGACACCACUUCAUUUAGCUGCAAAGUAUGGACAGAUUGCUAUUGUGAAGUUGCUUCUGAAGCAUCAGGCAAAUCCUAAUCUUCUGAACUGUAAUGACGAAAAGCCCUCAGAUGUGGCAACAUCUGAAUAUAUUGAAGAAAUUUUGCUGAUGGCAGAAGAGAAUUGGAAGGAGAUGGGGAGACAAUCCACAACAACUUGCCCUGAUACUGAAAUGAAAGAGGAAGCAUACAAAGAAGUAAUUUACAGUGCUCCUAUUCCAGUAAAAAAAAUCAACCCUCUCGCCAUGUCCAUAGCCAAACAGGAUAGCAUGUUGGAAAAGAAUACAUUGUUCAAAGCUGCAUCUGGAACCUUGAGCAAACAGAAUUCACAAGAAAGCCACUGUGACGAUGUAACUGUGAAUGGUGCUUGCAGAGUGGAACAGGUGAACCUGGUUCCUCCUGCUCCCAAUGAUGACUUGUCCACCUUGAGUGAGCUGACAGAUAGAAGUCUUCUCUAUGAAAUUCAGAAGCGGUUCAGCAAUAAUCAAAUAUAUACGUACAUUGGACAUAUUUUGCUGCUGGUAAAUCCAUAUAAGGAACUUUCAAUCUAUUCCACCAUGGUCACUCGCCUUUACUGGAGUAGUACAGAGAAGUUCUGUUCUUCACUGCCACCACAUAUAUUUUCAUGUACUGAACGAGCCCUUCAUAUGAUGUGGCAGGAACAAAGGCCACAAUGCUUCAUCCUGAGUGGUGAGAGCGGAUCAGGGAAGACAGAAGUCUGUAAACAUAUUGUAAAGCAUCUUGCACGCAGAGCUGUGGAGUUUACGAUUGAAGCAAAGUUUAACCAUGUCAGCUGUUUGCUGGAAUCCUUUGGCCAUGCAAAAACCACAUUAAAUGUGUCGUCCAGCCGCUAUAUUAAAUAUCUAGAACUGCAAUUCAAUGAAGGCAAAAGGACUUUGACUGGAGCUAGAGUUCAUACUUACUGCUUAGAGAAGUCUCGCAUUGUCUCUCGACCGCCUCACCAGUGCAAUUUUAACAUUUUCUACCUGAUGAUUGAUGGCCUAUCAACAGAGGAGAAGUGUGCUUUUUACCUCAGCAAUCCUUUUGCGCACAGAUAUAUGAACCAAGAUGAACAAGAGUCAACACCACCUGAGGCAGCGAAAAACAGAGACAAGUUUUUUGCUGUAAAGCAAGCCUUGAGUACUCUUGGUUUCAACAGUCUGGAAAUUGAUAGCUUGUUCCUGCUUCUGUCUGCAAUCUUGCUACUUGGAGACAUCCAGUUUUUGGCUCUUACAGAUACUGACACAGCGUAUGUGUCAAAUGUACAAAUACUAGAACAAGUGGCUGGUAUUCUACAAGUCUCUACAGAUGAUCUCAAUUCAGCUUUAACAUCUGAUAUUCACCAACUUAAAGGAGAUGUGGUUUUCAGGAGGCACACAGUGGAUGUAGCAAAUUUUUACCGGGACCUCCUGGCAAAGUCACUUUAUGGUCAUCUUUUCUGUUUCUUGGUGGACCACAUUAAUUACUACCUCCAGAGUCACGAUGACAUGACAAGCAGUUCAGCUCUUGAAAUUGGAAUAUUGGAUAUCUUUGGCUUUGGAGAGUUCCAAAAGAAUGGUUAUGAACAGCUUUGUAUCAACAUGACUAAUGAGAAGAUUCAUCAGUAUAUACAUGAGAUUCUUUUCCAAUGCCAGCAAGAAGAAAGUGUGCAAAAAGGAAUUACCAUGGAAACAGCCAACUCUCUGGGAAACCAAAAAGCAAUUUUGAACUUCUUUUUUCAGAAACCUGCUGGCUUGCUGUCAAUGCUUGAUGAAGAAAGAGAGACUCUUCAAUCAACAGAACAAAAUCUCAGCAAAUGGCUGCAGACUCAUUUAGAAACAGCUCAGAUAAAUGCUGUGUACAUGCCCAUGAAGGAUGGAAAUGAGAACGUCCCAACAAAAGGUCAAGCCAUAACGUUCACUGUUAUGCAUUAUGCAGGACGGGUGACAUAUGAUUUAACAGGAGCAGCUGAAAAGAACAAAGCUUCACUUUCACAAAACCUCCUUUAUGUUAUGAAAGCCAGUGAAAACAUCCUUAUUCACCAAAUCUUUCAGAGGAAAAGAACCCAAAAUGCUUCUCAUAUUUCCCCUCAACAUCACCUGAGCUGUAGAGGGCCCAAAGCAGCGAUGUUGCCUCAGAAUAUGUGCUUUAUUUCGCGAACUAAAGGACUGAAGAAGCUUUUGGAGCUCAACAGCAAGAUCCUCAAAAAGAAGAGAGCAACAACAUUCUUCCCUUGUCUUGAUCAUGAUGGGCCCGUAACCCUAGCUGCUCAUCUCAGAAGUUCGAUUUGUGAUAUAAUGGAAAAGCUUGAGAAUUCAGCACUCCAUUUUGUUCAUUGCAUCAAACCCAAUACAUCCAAACAGGCAGACAUGUUUGAUAACUUCUAUGUGUCAGCUCAGCUGCAGUACAUUGGUGUUCUGGAAAUGGUGAAAAUGAUUCGGCAUGGAUACCCUGUGCGACUAUCUUUCUCCAACUUCCUUGCAAGAUACAGGUACCUGGCUGCAGUAAGAGUUGGGGAUAGGAAGCAGCUUUCAGCAGAGGAGAAAUGCCACCUCAUCCUUCAGCAGAGCAAAUCACAAGGCUGGCAGAUAAACCGGGGUGACGUGCUUAUGAAGUACUGGCAAGCCGAUCACCUCAAUGAUCAAUGUCUUCAAUUGGAAAAGAAAAUUCUCAUCUGUCAAAAAGUUGUCAGAGAAUUUCUAGCCCGCCAACGAUUGCUGCAGAGGAUGAACAUCAAUGAAGAGGUUAAUUCCAUUGAAAGAUUCUUGCAGUUUGUGGAAGAUAUGGGACUGAAAACCUAUGAUUCUUUGGUCAUUCAAAAUGCAACCGACAUUGCACGGGAAAAUGACAGGAUUCGGAAUGAACUUAAUGCAGUUUACAUGAGGGAAAAGUUCGAGGCACAACACAAAGGCGAGCCAGUCACAAAACGUCUUCUGGGCUGCCGAAUGCUGAAGCAUUUUCACUUGAGCUCGGUGACUGUACCUACUUUUGUCGAUGGGUUGGCACAUUCUGUGAUUGGAUCGUCCAUCAGAUCACCCUCCCUUCAGUCAGUAUUCACUAUGGAUGAUAGCAAUGGCCUGCAGUCACCACGGAAACAACCUCCUCCUAAACCAAAGAGGGACCCCAGUACGCGAUUGAGUGCUUCAUAUGAGGCUGUGACUGCAUGUUUAUCGCCGGCUUCUAAGGAAGCAGCAAAUGAAGUUUUGAGCAAACCAAGACCGCAUAGUGAUGAUUAUAGCACAAUGAAAAAGAUUCCUCCACCAAAGCCUAAAAGAAGUCCCAACACCAGACUGACAGGUUCAUAUGAAGAGAUUUAUGUAAGAAAGCCAUUUGCAUUUAAAUUCACUUGCACGACUAAAGCAGCCCCAUGUACUGGAACUAUUCAACGUGCCGCAUCAGCUGAUAGUCCUCAAUGUGGGGCGUUCAGUCUCCAUCUGUCACACAAAGAUGACAUUGAGCCAGUUUAUAUAGAAAUGGGUGGAGCCGGAGGGACAGGUCGGAGUUAUCUGGUGGAGAUGGAGAGUCCUGAUCAAGGAGAAUCUGUUUAUGAAGAGAUGAAAUACUGUUUGCUGGAAGACAGCUCAAGUUCUUCUAACUUUUUAGAUGAGGCAGUUUGUCCUCCACCUGCUUCUGAAAGAAAAUCUCCAACAAUAACUGAUGAUUUUAGAACGGGCAGUCCCAUCAUGACCGGCUGCAAAGAUCUGGUAUGUGGCAUUCCAGCACCAUUUCCAAACCUCCUUCCACAUAGGCCACCUUUGCUAGUAUUCCCUCCAACACCAGUGCAAUGUUCCCCUGCCUCUGAUGAAUCUCCCCUUACACCUCUAGAGGUUAAAAGGUUGCCAGUGCUGGAAACUAAUCUGAGUUAUCCUGUGCAGUCAGAUGAAACAUCACCCACAUCACCACAGUUUUCAAGCCAUCAAAAAGGAGAAAAUAAGCCACCAACAUCUCCUGGAUUGGGUGUAUUCAAUGUAUCAGGAACGAUGUCUCCACCCCCAACCACUCCUCCUCUUCCACUGGUUUCAACUCCACCCUAUAAGCCAACUUCACACUUUAUUUUCCCACCGGACAUUCCUACAUCUUGUUUUUCCAAUUCGGGAAAAUUAGCUUCAAGCACAGACGUUCCCAAAGUAUCACAGAAACCUAAUCCCUUUCAAGGAGGAGCCAUAUCUACAAACUCAGCUAGAUUAUCUUCGUCACCAGUAAAAAGCUGCAGGACAGAAACUGGGAAGCACAUUUCUUCCUCCACAGUGAAUAUGUCACUACUACCUUACUCUUCCACUAUCUCCAGACCCAUCACCAGCCCACUUGAUGAGCUGAGCAGUCUUUUCAGCUCAGGAAGAAGUCUUCUACGAAAAUCAGCAGCAGGAAGAAAAAUACGGGAGCAAACCAGUGGGUGUGAUGAAGUGAACUACAGUCCAUCUAACAGAGAAGAGAACUGUGGACCAGGAAGUCUAUCAGAUACACAAGACAGCAAUGCUAAUAACCCUGCACGCAGGUUGUCUCCUGCAAUAACAGCAGCUCCAACAGUGGAGAAUGGGAAUCAAUUGCUGAAUGGUAAUUUAUAUUUCACAUACCAGUGA